UAUAAUUCACCACCAGGGCCUCACUCUGUGCCUCAAUCUCUCGUUUUCCCUUGAUGGGUUGCUCUUGUUCUUGUUCAUUGUAUUGAGUCUUCAGCCAUCUUGGUCACCCAUGGCUUCCAUUCUUCGUUUUCGCAAGCUGUGCUAUGUUGAGCCUUGCUCUUCUUUAAAAUUUCAACCUUUUGAAACCCCCAAAAUUGAAAAUAGAGAUGAGGGUGGUGUUGGUUCCAAGAUUGAGAAUUUAUUAGAGAAGAAGCAGAGGAAAAACAAGAACAAUAAGCAACACAGAGAAUGGAGGUGCAUAGAUAGCUGCUGUUGGGUAAUUGGGUACAUGUGCACAACUUGCUGGGUUCUCUUGUUUUUGUAUCACAGCUUGCCAGCUACAUUGACUGGUUUUCCAGUGCCAGAGUCACCUGGGACAAGGCUUAAAGCUGAAGGGUUGACACCUCUUCACCCUGUUGUUUUGGUGCCUGGCAUUGUAACUGGUGGCCUUGAGCUUUGGGAAGGGAGGCCUUGUGCUGAAGGACUUUUCAGGAAGCGUCUUUGGGGUGGCGGUUUCACAGAGAUCUUCAAAAGGCCCUUGUGUUGGUUGGAGCACCUAUCUCUACACAAUGAAACAGGGCUUGACCCUCCAGGAAUUCGAGUCAGAGCAGUUCCAGGACUCGUUGCAGCUGACUAUUUUGCUCCUGGCUACUUUGUUUGGGCUGUUCUCAUUGAAAAUUUGGCAAAAAUUGGUUAUGAAGGGAAGAAUAUGCAUAUGGCUGCGUAUGAUUGGAGGCUAUCUUUCCAAAACACAGAGAUUCGAGACCAAGCUCUUACAAGAUUGAAGAGUAAAAUUGAGCUUAUGUACGUAACCAAUGGCCAUAAGAAAGUGGUGGUGGUACCUCAUUCUAUGGGUGUAAUUUAUUUUCUCCACUUCAUGAAAUGGGUUGAAUCACCUCCUCCUAUGGGAGGUGGUGGUGGUCCAAGUUGGUGUGCCAAGCACAUCAAAGCAAUCAUGAAUAUCGGUCCAGCAUUUCUUGGUGUUCCAAAAGCCGUUAGUAAUAUAUUUUCUGCUGAGGGUAAAGAUGUCGCAUAUAUCAGAGCUAUGGAUCCUGGUGUUUUAGAUUCUGAAAUUCUCCAGCUUCAAACCCUUGAGCACGUCAUGCGGGCGUCUCGAACCUGGGAUUCCAUAGUUUCCUUAUUGCCAAAAGGUGGAGAUGCCAUCUGGGGCAAUUUGGACUGGUCUCCUGAAGAUGGGCAUAGCUGUGACCUGGCAAAGAAAGGAUAUCUACAGACAUCAGGUGACAAUAAUUUCAACAACUGUGAUGAAAAUAGAGUUUUCCAAGUGAAAGAACCUGUGAAGUAUGGAAGAAUAAUCUCUUUUGGCAAGGAAACAUCACAAAUAUCUUCUCCACAGCUUCCUAGGCAUGAUUUCAAGGAUCUUCUGCACAAAGAUUCUGCCACAAAUUUCACAUCUUCAUGUGGAGAGGUGUGGACUGAAUAUGAUGAGCUAAGCAGGGAAAGCAUCAGAAAAAUUACAGAAAAUAAGGCUUACACAGCUCAAACUCUUUUUGAUCUACUGCGCUUUGUGGCUCCAAAAAUGAUGCAACGGGCUGAGGCUCAUUUCUCUCAUGGGAUAGCUGGUAAUCUUGAGGAUCCCAAAUAUGCCCAUUACAAGUAUUGGUCCAAUCCACUUGAGACCAAGCUACCAGUUGCUCCAGAUAUGGAAAUAUACUCCUUAUAUGGUGUUGGAAUCCCCACCGAAAGAUCAUAUGUAUACAAGAUGUCUCCUUCUGACAAGUGCAAGAGCAUUCCAUUUCGGAUUGAUGGCUCAGCAGAUGGAGAGGAAGGCAGCUGUCUGAAAAAUGGAGUGUAUUUUGUGGAUGGCGAUGACAGUGUGCCUGUAUUGAGUGCUGGACUCAUGUGCGCCAAAGGGUGGAGAGGAAGAACCAGGUUCAACCCAUCUGGUACUGCUACCUACAUAAGGGAGUACCGGCACAAGCCACCGGCUAGUUUGCUUGAGGGAAGGGGUAUAGAGAGUGGUGCACAUGUUGACAUCAUGGGAAACGUUGCACUAAUUGAAGAUGUUCUACGGGUUUCUGCCGGAGCAACUGGUGCACAUAUUGGAGGUGAUAGGAUUUACUCAGAUAUUAUGAGAAUGUCUGAGAGAAUAAAUCUUCAGCUGUAACCUGUAAGUAAAAAAUGAUCACCUUUACAAUUAGGCAAUGAGAGGCACACAAAGCAUAUGAAGACAAGUACCAAAAACAGAGAGCAGCUAUGUUAUGGACAACUAUCUUAACUGCCAUAACUGUCAGACUUAGCACUUUAGAGUAAGGCUUGGCUUUGGGAAGAAAAAAAAAAACACUCUUGGUAAGAUGGGGUAAGGUAAAUGGGAAUGCAGUGUGGAAUUAGGAGCUAAAAUUGAAGUAUUUUGAUACUGCUUGGGAUACCCAAUAUUCAAAUUGGCGUUUUCCUCUCAUCCUGUAAUCAUAUGACAAUAAGAGCUACACAAUAAAUAAAAAAGAGCGAUAACAAGAGCC